AUGGUAACUAGUGCGGUGAGAGGAAGAAAUACCAGGCCUAACGCUGUAAGCCCUUAUGACAAGAGACAACGACAUCCGGGUCGAAGUUUGGACGUGAAGAUGGUCGAGGAAAAGAUGCGAGGUAGACCAAAAAAAGAAGACAGAAUCGACGAGACAGACAUACUAGAUCAGAGGCGUAAGUGA